GUGUGUGUCAACACACUUGGCCAGUAAACCUGAUUCUGAUACUGAAAUGCAUCUUGCAUGCCCCAUUGCGUUUUAUUCCUUACUUAUGGAAUAACGAAUUUGUCAAAUGCAUCACUCGGGAACCAUUCCUAUUGAAAACCGCACCAUUGUAUUAGCACAGAGACCCUGACUGCAUGCAGUCAAUACUCUCUUUCUCUGCAGAACUGCACCGAGUACACUUUCUGCAGCUGGCUUCAGCAAGGGAGGGGGAAAGUAGAGAGGGACAGGGUGUCCACGUAGGAGAAAGAGGGGAGGAGUAGAAAAAAAUGAGAGGUGGAAAAGGUCUGCUCAUCAGCACCACAUUGAGCUGCAAUCUGGGCCAGUGUAGAGGGAGAGGAGAAUGCUGCUGCUUGUGCUGCGUGAUCUAUGGGUAAGACUGCAGGCAACCUGAAAGAACUAAACAAUGCAUUCCACUGCAAGGACAAAGAGCAGCAAUGAAAUGUCCUCUGUAUCCUGAGAGAGCAGAAGCCCAGCUUCACGCCUAAAUCGGCGUCGUCAUCGAGGACAUCUAUGUCUUUUCCAGGAGAAUGGAUUGAUCUGCUCUUCUUUUGUCCUGCAGGCAAUGCAAAUAUAACAUGGAUAUGAUUUCUGUAGGCUGCAAAUAUGUUUAGUCUGGUGUUGCUCUUUUGUGUGCGUGUUGCAGUGCAGAGUGGGGGAUGUUCUAAAGAUGCUACAGUGUGUUUUCCACUGUGUAUGUUACACUGAGUAAAGUGUACCACCAGAAAGAUGUAUGCCUUCUAUUCUCUGCUGGUCUACAUCUUCUACACUGUUUUUAAGAAGGAAGAGGAGACUGCACUUAAAGGAGCAUGUGGAGAGACCACAGAGGAGCCUGGCCAUGUUUCCAUGGAAACAGAGAGCAGGAGAAAAGGUGCCCACACCCCCAGGUUGGGAAAAAGGCAGUGUGACAGAUUUAGUGAUUCAAUCAGCAGUAGCAGCAGCAGUGACAGCGAUGAACUAUCUAACAGUGAUGAAGAUGGCGACAUUGAUGACAGUUACGCGGUCCCGAAGACACCUUUGGCAGCCUUCCUGUCUUUUAAAGAGGAAACUGAAAAGAGAAGAGUUUCCAGUGUCCAUACUGAGACAGGUGAAAAGGUGUUUGAGUCUCCUUUGGUGGCAGUGAUGUCUCAUCUACUGAGCUUUCUGGAGCAAUACUCACAUCUGCAACAGCUGCAACAGCAGGCCGAGCAGUAUCGCUUGCAGCUGCGCAGGCACCGUGUGCAGCACCGGCGAAAGAUGAAAGCCUUGCGCAGCUCCUAUCGGCAGCGCCUCCGUGACAAGGGCAGCGUCAUCCACAGCCUGGAGGAGGCCAUUGCUCAGCAGCAGACCCCUUCUCCUGAUAAUGAGACAGGUUCUCCAGGCCUGCAUAAGCUGGUGCAGUCUCUGUGUGGCCUGCAGGGGGAGAGGAGUCUGCUCCGAGGCGAGCUGCGUCUCCUCCACUCACAGCUGGAACAACGAGAGCAGGAACGGCAUUCCAAAGUACAAGCCUUCCAACAGCAAAUUGAUGAGUUGAAGAGCUGCAUCGAAGAGCGAGAAGAAGAACUGUCCAGGCUCCGCAUUGCAUCUGGAGAAACAGAUUCGGAAAAACGCUUGUUGUGUUUGUCAGCUGAGAACGAGAGUCUGAAACAGAGCCUGUCAGUAACUCAGGGUCUCCUCCAACAGUUGUCCAUUAUCCCAUCCCAGUCAAGCUCACUACUCAUGAAGGAGAACGAGAACCUGCGCAGUCGUGUAGUGCAGCUGGAAAGCACUCUGCAGCAGAGGGUUGAGCAGCUUUCAAGCCUGGAGCGCCAGAGCGAGCAGGAACAGUGGAGAAGGGGAGAGGAGCUCCGGAGACGAGAUGAGAGAGUGAAAGAGCUUCAGCUUGAGCUGGACAAGGAACGUAGCAAGGAGCCUUUAGUGAAAUAUGUCACUCAGACGGUAGAAGUGGAGUCUCCUGCAACACUGAGGCAGCUCACUGAGGCCAGGCAGAAAAACGAGCAUCUGAAACAGAGGUUGUCCACUCAGAAAGAACGAUGCAAACAGCUGGAAGAGAAAAUCAGGCGCUCCGAUGAAGUCAGCUGCAAUCUUCAGCAUAAGAUUGCUGCAUAUGAGAGAGAGAUUGGGACACUGCAGGCAGAGCUAAUAAAGGAGAUCGAGCAUCUAGAGGAAAAAAAAGAUGAAGCUGUGAAAGCGGCUGCAAACUGUUCCCAGGAGCAGUUUCAGAGCCUGCAGGAUCAGUUCCUGACCCUACAGCAGCGUCUGAGUGCUCUCCCACCCACCCUACGCUCUAUGAAGACAGAUUAUGCCAGUCUGCGCAGUCAGGUCCGCAAUUUUGCUGACUUUUAUGGAUCAGCCGUCAAAGAAGCCAAGAAACAGAUUUCAGCAGCAAUAAACGAAAUGUCUGAGGCCAACAAGGACCUUCUGGAGAAGUACAGAAAAGAGGUUGCCCUUCGCAGGAAAUACCACGAGCAGCUGGUAGAGCUAAAAGGUAACAUCCGUGUCCUGUGUCGUGUAAAACCUGUCUUGAAAGAGGACCAGCAUGAUGAAUGCCAGGCUGUUGCUGUGACCACGGACCCCCACAACGAAUCUGCUCUCAAUGUCCUGAGUAAAGGCAAAACAAAGUACUUUGAGCUGGACAAAGUCUUUCAUCCUCAGGCUACUCAAGAGGAGGUGUUCCAAGAAAUCGAGCCCCUGAUCACCUCCUGUAUAGACGGAUAUCAUGUCUGCAUCUUUGCUUAUGGACAGACAGGCUCAGGGAAGACCUACACCAUGGAGGGUCCUGUGGAGAACCCGGGCAUCAACCAGCGAGCCCUGAAACACCUCUUCAAUGAGAUUGAAGAAAGGAAAGACAUGUGGACCUACACAAUUACUGUCAGUUCAGUGGAAAUCUACAACGAGGUUCUCAGAGAUCUGUUGAGUAAAGAUGGGGAGAAGCUGGACAUCAAAAUCAACCCUGAUGGCACAGGUCAGCUACAUGUACCCGGUCUCAGGAUCAAAGAAGUCAAAAACUUCCAGCAUAUCAAAAAAAUUCUCGCAACAGCACGGAGGAACAGGAUCACCUUCGGAACACAAAUGAACCAGCAUAGCUCUCGUUCACACGCUCUGCUCACCAUCACAGUGCAGGGAACAGACCUUGCCACCGGCACCAAAACCACUGGUAAGCUGAAUCUGGUGGACCUAGCUGGUUCGGAACGUGUCUCCAAGUCAGGGGCAGAGGGCGAGCGGCUGAAAGAGGCCCAGAACAUUAAUCGCUCGUUGUUGGCGCUGGGAGAUGUGAUCCAGGCCCUGAGGGGCCGGCAGACUCACAUCCCCUUCAGGAACUCACGCCUCACAUAUCUGCUCCAGGACUCACUGGGCAAGGGGAACAAAACCGCCAUGGUAGUGCAGAUUUCUUCACUGGAGAGGAAUGCCGAAGAGACCCUGUGCUCGCUGAAAUUUGCACAGCGUGUGUGUAAAGUGGAACUGGGCCCUGCUGCGCGCAAGAUUGAAAGCGGAGGCCAUGGCGAAAACUACUCCUAAAGUGAACUCCACCUGCACAAGCAACUAAUAACCCAGGAAUAUUUUCAUCCCAAAAUCUAGCUUGGUCUGAGAUUUCUAACAAGGUUCUAUUUUCAUUUUAAGGGCUAUGGCUCAGGAAGCCACGCAAGUAGCAUCUAAUUCUCAAGAGCCAUGUUUAAUACCUGAUCAGCAGUGGCUCCUUCCUACAGCCUGAGCGGCAUGUCUGAGCGCAAUAUUCCUGUGUGCAGAUCGCCUCAUUGCACUUUUACUACCUUCUAGAAAACCACACCAUCCUGCUUGAUGAGACAUUUUAACGAUCAGACACUGCUGAGUGUAUCAAAAUAAGUACCGCUGUACAUUUCCAUCAUCACUUCCUCACACACCCGGCACUGUAACGAUACGUUUAGACGCUUUCGGGUUAUUGCUGUGACGUGUCAGUACACGAGGGGAUGAAAACGUGCUGUGAGCUUUUGUGAUUAUGUAAAUAUGUUAAUCUAGAUUUUGUAUUCACUCCAUUAUAUCCAUAGGCUGAUGAAUGGUCAUGGUAGGUGUGUGUGUGGUAAUCUGGGAAACACAUCAGGCAGUGCUAUGGCAGAAGAGGGGCUGAGGGGUAAAAAAAAAAGGCGACAAAGUCAGUUGAACUAUAUUUUGGUGCAGAUGCAAUUCUUCUGACGAAAUGGCAAAACCCUCAGUGUUGUGUAAUACAAAGAAGUUCAUUUGUGUACACUAUAUGGACUAUGUUUGAGGAUACCUGAUCAUAGGAUUCGUAUGUGCUUUUUGAACAUCCCAUUCCACAUUUGGACCUCAUGCUUUUAAUAUAAUCUCCACUCUCCUGGGAAGAUGUUUCACUAGAUUUUGUAGACGAUUCUUUAGUUUAAGUGUGUUAGUAAAGUCAGGUACUGAUGUAGGGUGAGGGGGCCUGGGGGUGCAGUCAGCAUUCCAAUUCAUCCCAAAGGUGUAUAAUAGGGGUGAGAUCUAUAGCAGGCCACUCAAGAACUUCCACUCUAACCCUGUAAACCGUCUACAAGGGGAUCGCUUCAUGCACAGAGGCAUUGUCGUGCUGGAGCAGGUUUGGGUCUCCUCAUUCAACAUAGUUAAUGCUACUGUAUGCUAUACAAUUGUGUGCAAUCUUUUAUGGAACAAUUUGAGGAAGAACCACAUAUGGCUGGAAAAGUCAGGUGUCCCAAUACUUUUUUUUUCAUGUAGUGUAUAUCUAAAUACAGCUGGCUAAACACCACUGGGGGUUUUGUGUAUGCUAUAAAAAAUGCACUGAUAACUCAUGAGAAAGGAACUACAGACAGGUGGCAAGAAUAACUGAUUAUCUUUUUACAAUGGUACCUGCCAAAGAGUGGAAUAUAUUAGGCAGCAAGUUCUUGAAAUUGAUGUGUUUAGAAGCAGAAAAAUGGGCAAACACACCAGGUAUACCUCUUCAGAGCAACACUAUUCUCGAAUAGCAGUGGCUUUAUUCAGCUCAGGAAUGCUGACAAGAGUUCAAAGUUGUUGACUCCAAAUGACACAGAUCUCAAUUCAAUUCGAGUAUCUGUGGGAUGUGCUGGACAAACAAGUCUAAUCUAUAAAGGCUUCACCUCACACCUUAAAAGAUUUGAAGGAUGUGCUGUUAAUUUCAUGGUGCCAAAAAAACAGUAAACCUUCAAAGGUCCUGUAAAGUCAGAAGGGUCAGAGCAGACUUGGUGACACCUAUAUACCAUUGGUAGGAGGGAUUCGUGUCAUGGCUGAUCAGUGCAGUUCACUAAAGGAAUAUGGAAAUUGUUUUACUCAUUUCAAUCUUCUCUUGGCUUUCUACUCGCAAGAAAAUGCCAUAACCAUAGGAGUUUUCACUGGGCUGCCACAACCCACAUAUCACACUCUCACAACCUUAUGUGUGGUAAAAUCACAGGUUCCCCAAUCCUCCUUUAACCCUGCAUUCUGUUUAAUAGAACAUAAUCAGGUCUUUUAAAUAAUGCUUUGUGCAAUGCUUGUGAGAGGCUCAUAAAGAAGUGAUGUCAUAAUCAUUGUAGGAUGUUUUUACUGCAAGACCUGAGCAGAUUUGUUUUAUUAGCCAUUAUAAUUACUGUAGCAAUUGAGAAAUGCACUUUACUUCCAAUACAAAACGGGGUGCUUUUUUCCAUAGAACUAGUGAAUAUUUCAACAAAAUAUUGUUUUGGAAUUUAGUUCUGCUUGUGCAACAUGUUUAGUAGAUGAAUUGAUAUUUAUACACAAAAUGUAGAUAGACUAAUAUUUAUUUACUCUGAACGUCAUACUGCUGGGUUUCAGAAUUGAGAAACUGUAAAAUCAUGAAUGGAAAGUGAAAACGCACUCCCAUUUUAAUGAUUAUAUUCUGAAAGUAAAGCAUUUUCUCAUGAACAUUAUAAAGGUAAAUAUGAUAUUAGCUUGGUACUGAAGUAAAAAUAAAAUUAAAAAUUAAAAACAGUGUUUUCCUUAAAAACACAAAUACCUUCCUCGGCAUUCUUACUUAUUUCUACACUCGCUGAUUUGGGAGCUUGAAACUUUUUUGUUCAUGUGUAUCUCAGUGACACUAAAGAGAAAUAAAAUUAAACAAUGUUCCCCAGCU